UUAUAAAAAUAAAAAUAAAUAAUUUAUUUGAAUCAUAGAAAGUAACAAUAAAAUGAACUAAUUACACGUCAUUAAGAUAAUGUUAAUUAUACAUAUUGAUUACAUGCAUACACAAAUGCAAUUUCGCUCAUACGAGACACGUAUGUCCGACGCGUAUGAUAUUCAACGGUUUACGGGUCUCCAAUCACCACGUGUCUACAAAUGUAGAUUUCACUUAGAUGAGCCAAUUCACCUAAAAAUAUCCCUAAAUACAUAUAUCGAACAAACUGUGUAUCCAUCAAAUUUUUUAACGAGCAAACGACGAUGGACUUCUCACAAUAUCGGAAAAUAUUGGUUUACGUUUUGACAUUUCUCGCUUACGCGUGGUCCGGUUAUGGUGCUGGAUUAUUGGGAAAUUUACGAGAUGCUGUGUUAACGGCCGAAUCGGUGUUUCAAGAUUUAUUUGAAAAUGCCAUAACCGUAGCGAAAAAAAUCAAGGAUAUACAUGAGGUAUUCGAUGCCGCUGUUGAAGAAAAUUGUGUUUUCUAUUGUCCCGGAGGAGUUACACCAAAAGCGGAUUGGAAUCACAAACCACAGAGUAACGGAUGCGGCUCGUUGGGAAUAGAGAUAAACCAAGAGUAUCUGCCUUUAGCAGAAAUGACAAAGUGUUGCGAUCAACACGACAUCUGUUAUGACACAUGCAAUUCGGACAAAGAAAAGUGCGAUUUAGAAUUUAAAAGAUGUCUGUACAAAUACUGCGACGGAUAUCAAAGCUCUGGAAUAACGAUUGUCAAUACCUGCAAAGCAGCUGCAAAAAUGCUAUUCACGGGUACUACGGCCCUAGGAUGUAAGAGCUAUAUGGAUGCUCAAAAAGAAGCUUGCUAUUGCGGAGAUAAAUGGAGUAAAAAUAAAAAACCUAAAAAGGCUGCACAAGCCGGUGGGGAAUUGUAAUUUAGUUAUUUGUAAUUAGCGUUUCUCCUUAUGUAAUUUACUUAUUUAAAAUUUGCGUCGUCUCUAUGUUCCCUUACCUCUGUAUAUAAUCCAUUAUCGAGAGUAUAUAAAAUAUUUUGUAUUUAAAACAAAAACAUUAAUAUAUCGUUACGUUACAUAGAUGUACACAAAAGUUUAAAUAUAUUUUCUCCUUUUUUUUUUUUUUUUUCAUAUUCAAAUUUGUACGACUAAUUUUCGAAAGUCCUUAUUGGUCGACCUCGACAUCGUCCUAUUGCCCAUCUAUUUAUUUUCGUUUACAAAACAAAUGAAAAUAUUUUAAUAAUAAAUAUGAAUGUUAUAUCGCAAUGAAAUUCGAGUAAUUCUGUAGAAUUUAAAUUCUCAAGUAAUGCAAUGUAUGGUUACAAUACGGUCGCAUAAAGUACGGAAAUAACGUGGAGAAUGGGAAAUAAAAACUCCACGCAGCCAUGUAAAACACAAAACGACCAAAAAGCAAACGUCAAAGACAGGUAAGAUAUUUAUUUCGUUUUUUUCAUUGUCCUCGCGACGAUAAGGUUAAUUUAAUAAAUGUCGGUCACUAUGAUUACCGAUACGUUUCGCGUUAUAUCGACGAUCUUUCCUUUCCAUCGAAUUAUUAAAAUGGUAAUGAUAAUCGACUAAAUAAA